CGACGCCCUCCAUUGGCCGCCUGGCGACCACCUGAUCGCUCCCCGCAGGAUUCAACAUGGUGCCGCCCACAUAGCUGGGGCAGGCAGCCACUGAUGAAUGGGAAACCAGCUUGGCUUGGCUUGGCUUGUGACACAUUGGCUUCCACAGCCAAGCAGAGCAGUGAGAGGGGGCAGGCAGCUCCUGCAGCUCUCAUACCCCCUCACUGGAUGGCUCUGGGCUUCCAGGAUCAUGGAUGGGGAAACCAACGGCUCGGCAGCCUCUGGGGACCAGCUGCUGGCCCCUGAGGCUGCAGAGGCAGUGGGAGCUGGAGAGAUGGUGAUCACUGAAGGCAAAGCCAGGAUCAUCUUCCCUGGCAGAAAUGAGGUUUUCUACAACCCCGUGCAGGAGUUUAACCGGGACCUGACGUGCGCUGUGAUCACAGAGUUCGCCCGCCUUUGGCUCUCAGCCAAAGGCAUUCGGGCUAUUGUCCCUGGAGAGAAGCAUGCUGGGAAGAUGGUAGUGGAUCUCUCUGAAGGGGACAUGGAGAUGGUGCAGGAGGGUGUGGAGCAAACAGCAGCGCCGGGGGAAGUGUGUCAGGGAGGGCUGCGGGUGCUGGAGGGGCUGGCAGCCUCGGGGCUGCGCUCUAUACGCUUUGCCCAAGAGGUGCCAGGGCUCCAUGCUGUCAUAGCCAACGACUUCUCAGCCCGUGCUGUGGAGCUCAUGGGCAGGAAUGUGCAGCUCAACGGUGUCGGGCACCUGGUGACACCUAGCCAGGCUGAUGCCAGGAUGGUGAUGUACCAGAGCAAGGCAGAGAAGAAGCCAUUUGAUGUGAUAGACCUGGAUCCCUACGGCAGCCCAGCCAUCUUCCUGGAUGCUGCUGUGCAGGCCCUGAGCGAGGGGGGCCUGUUGUGUGUGACGUGUACGGACAUGGCUGUGAUGGCGGGGAACAGCGGGGAGACGUGUUACAGCAAGUACGGAGCCAUGUCACUCAAGGGCAAGUUCUGCCAUGAGAUGGCCCUGCGUAUCCUUCUGCACAGCCUGGACCUCCGGGCUAACUGCUACCAGCGCUAUGUGGUGCCACUGCUUGCUAUCAGCGUCGACUUCUACAUCCGUGUCUUCGUUCGCAUCUUCACUGGCCAGGCCAAGGUUAAGGCCUCUGCCAGCAAGCAGGCUUUGGUUUACCACUGUGUGGGCUGUGGCACUCACCACCUCCAGCGCCUGGGCAAGGUCACCAGCCACGGCAGCAACUUCAAGUACUCCCCAGCCUCAGGGCCCCCUGUGGGGACCUUGUGUGAGCACUGCCAGCAGCGGCACCAGCUGGGGGGACCCAUAUGGGCAGAGCCUCUUCAUGAUAUGGCUUUUGUGGAGCGAGUUCUGGGUGCCCUGGAGACCAACCCCAGGCGAUUUCGCACCCAGGACCGGAUCCAGGGCAUUCUCAGCAUGGUCACUGAGGAGCUGAGUGAGGUCCCACUCUACUACACCCUAGACCACCUCAGCAGCACCAUCCACUGCAACACGCCCUCACUGCUGCAGUUCAGAUCCGCCCUCCUCCAUGCAGGCUACCAGGUGUCAUUAUCCCAUGCCUGUAAGAACACCAUCAAGACAGACGCACCAGCCACUGUCAUCUGGGACAUCAUGAGAUGCUGGGAAAAGCUCCACCCUGUGAAGCGGGAGCGGCUCUCUGAGACCAGCCCCGCUGCCCGCAUCCUCGCAGUGGAGCCAACGCUCAAGGCCUCCUUCACUGUGCGGGAAGAUGCCAACCCCAAGUCUCGGCGGCGUGGGCUCAAGCGGUUCCAGGAGAACCCUGAAGCCAACUGGGGGCCCAAGGCCCGGGCCAAAGCUCAGGGUGGCAUCUCCCUGGCGCUGCAGGAGAAGAGCCGGCAGCACCAAGGCAAGCGCAAGGAGCGGGAGGAGAGUGCUAGAGCCACACUAGGGAGUUUCCCCAGCAAGCGCUUCAAACAGGGGACCUGCUCCUUUGGGGACCAGUGCUGCUACUCUCGCACACCAGAGGAAAGCUCUGCACCAGGCCCCCAGCCUGAGACUCCUGCACUGGACUCCCAACCUGACUGCUCUAGCUUGGAAGAUCCUGGACAACCUAGCACCCCUGGCCAACCUGAUGCCCCCAUGCCGGAGCUGGACUCACCCAGCCCCCUUGCCCCAUAGCUAGCUGGGCCCCUGGCCCUGGGGCUGGACCCUUAUGGUUUCUUUUUUCUUCUUUUGAUUUUACUGCUGACAGGGGCCCAGUUGUGCCCUGCAAUUAAAUGCCAGACAGCACCUGCCAAUCCCA